AAACAAAAGAACAAAAAGCAGAGUCACUCACUCUGAAUCUGAGCAGAAAUUCUGAUCCUCCGAAGUUUGAGCCUCUCAACGCCCUCGUCCUUUCAGUCCUCACUGGUGACCUUUGACGGGAGAAAUUCCCGCAAACAGUGAUUAGUAAAGAGGAGGAAAGCAGCAGAGGAAGAGAAGGAGGAGCUCUGCUGGAUGUCACGCAGACAGAGAAACAUUCUCUCCCUCUCUUUUCCCGCUGAUAAACAUCCAGUCACUCAGCCUGCUGCACAAUAAAGAGUCAAGGAGUCUUUAAAGCAGGAGAGGUCGAAGACAGAGAAGUACGAGUCUAAUAGGAGGACACAUCUGCAGAGACACGGUAAGAACAGGACUUUUCCUCUGUGGAGGACUGCCAGGAUAUGCCCUGUUCCCGUCAGAGAGAGGGGUGGGGGUAGCGGCUGUUUACUGAGCUGUCAGGAGCUUGGUACAAUGUAGGGUCCAUUAACUGCUCCAUGAGAGCCCGCUCCUGUUUCAGACUCUGGUCUAUGUUCGGGUGUUAUUCAGACCUGAAGUCAUCAAAUAUUCAAACAUUUCGUAUCAACUUUUACGGACUCUCUCGAACUCCGCUGAUAAACUCACUGCAGGAGGAUACAGACAAGUGGGAUAGGAGGCUAUUAGCGCGCGCGUUUAGUCCGUGUGUGCGCGCGCGUGUAGGGGGCUUUACCUCGGGUGUUUAUGGUGGCCUUAAAGGUUAAAAGCACAAAUAUUUUUAGACGGAAAAAAAUCUGUUAAAACCAUGAAAAAUUGAUAAAAGAAAGAACACAUAACAUUUCACUACACACAGAAAUAUUCCCUGAAUACCUAAAUUAUCAGGAAAUGUCCAAAACAAAUAGAAAGAAUAAAACAACUUUGGUAAAGUGCAUAAAGAAUAUAAUUGAAAUGUAUUUUCAAAAAUAUAUUUGUGUUUAACAAUUUUUUUUAUUGUUCUCAAAAUUUAUUUCUUUUUUUGUAAUACAUUUAUAUAUUUUUAUUCUAUUGGCAUUCUCGGAUAUUUCUAUUAUGGGUUAUUUUUCCACAAAUAUCUUUAUGUUUCUUAAGUAAUAUUAUUUUCUUCACUUUUGUGAGUUUCCUUUCUUUUCUUUUUUUUGUAUGUUCAUUGUAUUCAUGUAUGUUUUUAUGUCCAAAAUAUUUCCCUUAAAUAUAAAAAUAUUUGUUUUUUUUUGUGAUUUUAUUUUAUUUUAUUUAUUUUAUGAGUAUAUGUUUGUUUUACGGAAAAGAAAAUACAUUCUGGGGAAUGUGUGUGUGUGUGUGUUCUUGUGUUAUUGUCAUCUUUUCUUUUGGCGGUCUUGAAAUAGUUUUGCUGUUGACCUUCAGGGCCACUGAAGAUGUUGGAUGUCUGAGUUGAUGAUGUUGUUUCUAGAAAACACACCGCAUGAUAGUUUGAGCUUGAAGCAACAUGACAGCAUGUCCUGACAUUAAACUGGCAUAGUUUGAGAACCAUGAAAUGACAGGUAGGUUUAUAUAUUCUGUGGCUGUUUUGAAGGAUGAGCUGAAUCUGUCAAAAGUGCCUAAAAGUGUCCAGGGGUACCUGUUCCAUCUAGUGAUCUAGUCCAAGGCAGGUUUUGACUCUCACCUCUGCUUCCGCCUGCAGGUGAUGGCAGUCGCGGUCUCCAGAGAUAUGACGGUGCGAGUGCUGGAGGAUGUGAACGCUAUGAAGCUGUCAGACAGACAGCAGGCUCUGCGGGCCGCCAUCCAGAAAGGAGAACCCAAGAGUCUGGGGGUGAGUCCAGAACCACACAGGAACUAUACAUGGAAAGCUGUAAUUGCCACAGCUACAAUGCAAAGAACACAGAACUGCAGGAAGGACCAGAGGAACUAUUCCAAGAACAUUAUAAGAAGCUGAUUACUGUAUUGAGAACACUGAAAAAGACAUAGAAAUAUGCAGAAAACAUGAUAUGAACCAAUAGAACCACUUUAAGACCAUUGAAAAAACACAAGACCCUAACAAAUGACAUAAACAGAACCACAGGAACCACACAUAGAACAUUAUAAGAACCGCAGGAACCACACAGAAAGAAAGAAAUCAUUCAGACACUCUACAAGAACCAUGGAAACCUUGGACUACUAUGAACCAAAGGAACAAUAAAGGGAACAUCAUAAGAACCACAGAAACUAUUCUAAGAAAGUUGUUAGAACCAUAAACUAUGCAGAGAACACUGAGAGGACCAUAGGAACCUUUCUAAGAUUAUAGUAAGAGCCACAGGGAACAUAUAGAAUAUAUAAUGGCAACAAUGGGGACCAUAAACUGUAGAGUCCAAGAUCCACAGGAAUCAUGCAGAGAACUCUGUAAGAACAGAAACCAGCCCAAGACCCGAAAUCUUACACAGAGGUUUAAAGACCAGGAACCUUACUAGAACAUUACAAGUACUAGAGGGCCAGCAUAUAGAACAUUAUAGGAACUACAGGAACUGUACAAAAACAUUUAUCAAACUAGAAACCAGACAAAAAACCUUAUAAGAACCGAACAUACUAUACAGUGAACCUUGUUAGAACCAGAAAUCAUACAGUGAACUUUAUAAGAACCUGAGGGACUACUGAUGUUUGUGUGUGACCUUCCUUUUAGUCUUAAACUAGCAGACUUUGGAAAGAUCAUCUCUGGUGUUAACUCUGUGUAUGUGUGUGUGUGUGGUCCAGGUGAGUCAGGUGAUGCUGGGGCUGAUGGUCAUGUCGUACUCCAUCCCUCUGCUCUUCACAGAGGUCACAGAGGUCGUCCUGCUGGGUGUGCCCUGGUGGAGCGGACUGACAGUAAGUUAUUUAAUCUUCUUUGGUUUUAAUGUUGCUAAUUCAGUUUUAUCUCACCUCUCAGCUGUUAGUCGCUUAGAGAAAAGGAAACUGCAGCUCUUAAAACUUUAAAAGGCUAUUAGUAACAGAGUUUGUCAUUUCAAAGCAGGUCCUGAUGAGAAGCUCUCAACUUUUGAAUACAUAUUUUGCCUUUAACUGGUGAUAUGAAAAGUACUCUUUUUUCAGUUUAUCACAGCAGGAGUGACUGCCAUCAUCCUGGACAAACACAGCAACAUGAAAAUUGUGAGUCUGAACACACACUUAGCUACACACUGUAUCCACGUACAUGGUUCAAUACAAACUGUUUCCCUUUUUAGUUACACUCUGACAUCCCUCUGAUUAAUCUCUCUUUUUCAAUUACACUCCUCUCCAUGAUUGUCUGCAGUAAAGGGCAUCUUAUCAGCACUGCUAGAAUCAGUCUUUAUUUAGUAUUUACUUAGAAUUUUUGUCUCUUUUAAGCCAGUAGACCAGAACAGCUGAUCAAGAAAAAGGACAUGUUUGUUUGUCAUUUCUGUAAACAGUUCAAAAGCAAAUAGUCAUUCCAUGUGUGUGGGUCGGAGUCUCCAAAUUACAUGGCAGUGAUCCUGUAUGCAGAAAACUGUAGCCUAGCUUGUGUGCUGUUUUUCAUAAAUACUGAAAUAUCCCUUUAACUGCUGUAUUGUUGACCUUGUGAGUGUGUGUGUGUGUGUGUGUGUGUGUUCUUUUCCAGCUGCGAGUGUGUCUGCUGGUUAGCCUGGCGUCUGCCCUGCUGUCUCUGGUGGCUGUCAUUAUUUACUCAGUGGACAUUGACAGGAACCAAGAGGGGUCCUGUGUCAAGAUACUGUACAGAGACUGCAGUGAGAAAUACUACGCCAUGGUGAGUGUCAGGAUGCAGAGAUACAGUGCCAACUUUAAUCAUGACUGCAGAAAAGACAGGGGGCUGUAUAAACUGCCAAUGAAAACAGAUUUCAGUGGUUUGCAAAUCAUUUGAAUCCUUUGUUUUAUUGUUUAUGCUUAAGGGUUUCUUUUAGUUUUAAUUUUGGAUGUCUGCAGCAUCUUGAGCCAAUUUUCCAGGUCUUCUUUUAUAUUUCAGGUGUGCCAUUUAGUACCUUUGACACAGGAUUUAUAAAGGUGUAAUUGAGGAUUAACUUAGUUUUAACUUGGGAAAAGCUCAAAUUCUGGCUUUAUCCAAAAUAAAUUUAGGAUUAACUUAGAAGAAAAAACUCAGACUUGAGCCAGAACUAACAAGAAAAUAUGGCUUUUCCCAAAAUAAACUCAAAAUUAAUUCACCAUUAACCCAGGAUAAUAUCAGAAAUACUAAAAGAGACACAGUGUUUCUAUAGGUGCAUUCAACACAGAAGUAACUUUAAAUUAAGAUUUACCAAGACCUUUCUCAGAAGAAAAAACGCUGACUCUGAGCUUUAUUCCCAACGACUUUACUUCCUGACAUGCUACUUUUAGGGAACAGAAAGAAAAAUAUUUCAUCACACUUUCCUCAGAAACAAGCUUUGUGUGUGUGUGAGUCAUUUUAAAUAUGAGCAUGGGUGUGUGAUUAGAUUAAAAACAUCUCACUGUAGACGGGUGAUUUACUGGAAGAAACAUGCUGAGAUUAGACUUGCCAGUGAAGCAUUUACAUCUUUACAAAGAUGUCGCUGAUUUAAUGUGGAAAAAAGGAGGAAGGACAGAGUAAAAAGGACAAAAACAACACUUCCUUUCAUGGGGAGUUGAGUAAGUUUAGUUUAUCCUGUUGUUUCCUGUGUGGGGUCAUUUCCAAGAAUGAAGUGGUGGGUGUCUUUGGACUGAAGGGCCUGAAUUUCUGCAAUGUAGCUCUGGAUGAGGUCCAGAAGAAUUUUAAAGGGAUCACCAAAACGUAAAAGUCAGCUCUGAGAGUGAGAGGAGAGAGGCAAGGGCAGGUGUGAUGGGAUAAGACAUGCUGACCUUGCUGUCUUAACAUGAUUAUCUUUUCUGUAAAAGCCUUACAAGAAAACACUGUAGAUUUCUACAUUAAGAGAACACAUGGACUUAUUUAUUGUUUCUUUCUUUAAGACAUUAGGUAGCACAAAGAAAAUAAUGAAGAUGCUCAGUGUGGGUCAAACUGAGAACAAUCAGGGAGCUUUAAACUACUCCAAUUCAAAUACCUAGUUUCUGAAACUUCUGUCCCAUUGUUGUCCUGUUGAUGAGUCAAAUCUCCUGCUUGUGUUACUCACAGCAUGUGUUUGUAUCCAUUCAAUGUGAGUUUCAAGUCUAUUUAAAUAUAAAAUAAGCAGAUAUAAAGGUAACCUGUCUGUUUUUCAUGUACUGUCCCUUACUGCAUGAAUAGCCUGAUCUGCAGAAUAUCUGCAUGUAUAACCUUAUAAGAUGCACAUUCUACACAUCUACUCACAGGUCACUAAAUAUAAUCGCAAACAUCAAUGAAAACUUGAAUAACGAAUGAUAUAUCAAAUAAUGGUGCUGUUUUCUGGUAAAAACGAUGGUUCAAAGCUGGACAUAAAUGAAAGAAACUCUAGGUUAUUGUUUUUGUUGAACAGGUUAUAUACAGAAAAAUAGCCUCUGUGUGUUUUAUCAAUACAGGGUACAGUUAUGCCAACACAGAGGCUCUGGCUAACUCCUGAUUCAGCUGAAGGAAUGAUCAUAAAAGGAAGUUGCUUCAUGUUAUGCACAAAGGAAAGGAUGUCAAAUGUUUGUUGCAACAUAUUUCAUUUUGUCACAUCUGUCCAUGCAUCUGUGCUAGCUGGGACUGAGACACUUUUUGAGGAUGCAAGUAUGGGAUGUGAUUUUCACCUUAGGUCUGUCAGUCUGGGACACCAAUAAGACAGUUUAGCAAGAUUUGCUGAUUAGGCCUUGUCCACGCAGAGACAAAAACGAUAUAUUGCCGUUUUGUUUUGGAAAAGUUUCUGUAAAGACAGAAUCAUCUUUAUUUCUCUAAAGACAGAAAUAUCUGCGUAAACACGAAAACACUGAAAACAGUAAAGUGAAUAUGCCAAGCCAGUAAGUAGCGCUUUAACGCUGCCCCGGAAAUGCACCAAAAGACAGAAGAAGAGUACGGAGCACGAGUGUAAAGGGACAUGCACAGGCGCCUUAAGAAAGUUACGCUGUGUGUGACAUAAUUAUUUCAAGAGAAAUGCGGAUAAGUGUACACACGGAGACAAAAUGGUAGUCGUAUACAAAUUUAUGCAUCCUGCAACUCCAUUUCAAAAAGUAUUGUUACAGUCACAGUCACACCAUUUCCAUGUUGAUGAAACACUGAUACAACAAAAAACUUUUCUGUGUACUUCUGAAUUAGUUUCCAUAUAAAUGGAGCGUGGGUUGCUUCAUUUUGGCUGCUUUUACAAUGCUAGAAAACAACACAGCCAGGGGUGUCACUUUUUACACAGCCUUGUGAUCAAAAAAUAAUCAAAAAUCAAGCCACAGAAAUCAUUUCCUUACAUGCUUUUGUGAUGUUACUUAGUCAUGAAACAACCUAAAACUUUUAUCUGAGCAGAAAAUGCCUGAAGCUACUCAUUAGCACCAAUUUAGCUCCUCGUUUAGCCACAUUUGCAUGUAUUAUCCAUAGUCCUAUUAUAGAGGCCAAGCUGCUGACACUUGAAGCCACUGAAGUGCUGUAUCUGGAUUUACUUUUUGAUGCACAUAAAAAGUUUCGCCUGACGAAUGGAAGUCCACAUGAAAGUCCUUGCUGAACACACCAUCUGCUUAUUUUACUCCUAAAGGCUUCAAAAGUGUACAGUUAAAGAAGACAAGAACCAUGUUGUACACAUUCACUGCAGCAGCAUUUGUGUGGUUCGAAAAAUUGUUUCCCCUUUCAGGCGGAGGACCUACCUAGACACAAAGGUUCCUACCUUACAUAGAGUAAUCACAAGUCCCUGUGUGAAAACACUGAAAACAAAACUUCACUAUUUCCCAUAAUCUGUUAUUAACCUGUUAUUUGCUAAUGUAAUGUGUCUUCUAGAUUGUGGCUAUGAGCUUCAUGAAGGUCUUUAUAGAUGAACAGCUCUAGGUUUUUCCAGAACAGCUGAGACUCAAGUGUCAGAAAAAUUCAACUGCAUCUGACUUGCAGCCAUCUGAGAAGAACAACAGAGAUAGUGGACUUAUUUUUCCUGGAUAUCUUUUACUUGCAAGGAGUCAGCAGCUUACAACAAAGGCAGCUUCUUCUGACUGAGGAAUUCAGAUUUUACACAUCCUUUAUGCAGUCAAGAAACACAACCCCCCGCCCACUAACAUCAUCUCACAAUUGGCAUGACAUUACAACAGUAUCCAAAUAGGGUACAGGUUGCAGCUGUGGUCUGUACUGGGAGAACAAAGACAGCUUAGUUCAUCAUCAGGUUCCUGCUUAUCAGUUCAAUGUCACACUGUUGGGAAAACAACCUGUGAGUGAAAUUGUAGCAUUCAUCUAGUUGCAUGGCUUCAGCAGAAAAGUAUCAGUCCCAACUCCAAGGCCAUACUUCUCCUUUCCCAUGCUCAUUAAAAAGACACAGAUAUGACUCUGCAAGCAUUCACACCAAGUGAGUUUCAUUAAAUGAUGAUUAACAUACACAUACAAUUUUUCUUUCACAAGUUUAGCUCAUACUGGCCUCUGUUUACAAAGGAGUCAUCAGUGAAGUCGAGAGCACUAACAGAUGGCAGAUCCUGGGCCAAAAUUUCACAGAGGGGAGGAGUUUUAGAAGUACAUCAAUUAGACCAGCAAUUCAGAGAAUUCAGAGAGCAGAGAAAUUCAGGUACUGUCUAAAAGAUAGGAAUAAGUGCAACGAUUAAGACACCCAUCCAGGCCAUAACAUGAUCAUAAAAGUGGGAUUUAAAGGUAUUGAUAAAUUGACCAUGGUAUCAGCAGUAUAAUGGAACGUUACCUUUCCUGGAAACUUAUGUUGAUGUGAUAAUGUUGAUGCUAAUAUCUGUUGUGUGUGUGUUUCUGUGUGUGUGUGUGUUUAUGUAAACAGAAGCUAAGCAGAGGGGUGAAGUCAUCCCUUCUCCUCUUCACUCUGGCUCAGAUGGUGAUCUCCUCCAUUGUCUGCUUCCUCCUCUUCAGGCAGAGACGCAGCUUCGGACAGUACGCUGUAAGAAAUGAACAGUUUUUAUCAGGGAACUAUCAGGUACAUUUGUCAGAGUAAAACCAGCCACAGUGUCAGCACACCUGCCUAACUCUGGAGCUCAUUACGCUGUAAGACAGAUAGCGCUGACAUGUUUGGGAAACAGAGAUUAGAUUUUAAUGAGUCUAAAUUAAUAAGAGAUCACCACAGUCAGCGUGAUGUUUUCAGCUGCUGCUCACAGAUCAAUGUGUAAUUUAGAGCUAAACAUAAUAAAAGUUUGGUCUCCUCUAAAAUAACAACUUUAUAUAUGGUGUUAUGAAAAAAAUGACUGAUUGAUACACUGUAUGGGGCAUCAUCUCUGCCAGCUGAGCUCAGGUUCAAAUCAGGUUAAACUCAGACAUAACUCUGAAUUAUGCUAAUUUUAUACAUAAUUCUAUUUCGGGUUUAACGUAUUAUAGACCAAGGUUUCAUAACAUGUUUAGUUAGGAUUUUUUAGUAUGGACAUGAUUAAUUGUGGUAAAAUCAAAGAUUUUUGAAGGAUUAAGUGAAUAUUUACUCAGGCUUGAAUCAGGAUUAAUACAGGAGUUACAUAGGCUUCAAAAAUCAGGAUUUACACAAAUUUUAUCUGGGAUUAACUUCAGAUUAACUCAGAGGUUACCCAAACUAAGAUAAGGAAUAACACAGGAUAAAAUUCAUGUUCAUUUAGGUGUCAUCUUGGAUAAACCUAGUGUUAACACAGUCUUGAUCCUGGAUAAAUUAAGAAGAAACUCAGGAUAGUCUGACUUUACCAUCAAUAACUCAGGAUUUAUUCAGGUUUUACCUUGAACAAAUUCAGGAUUCACCCAGGUUAACUUGGGAUUUCUAUUAGCUUUACCUAUAAAAAAAAAUUCUCAGGUUAAGAGAUAACUCACAGUUAACCCAGGAUUAAAUCAGAAUUCAUGAAGGUUAAAGUAGACUUUGUCCAAGAUUACUUUAGAAUUUACACAGUCUUGACCCAACAUUGACUUUCAGCUUCAUCAGGAUAAAUUUUCAAGAUUUAUUCAGGAUUAAAACAGGCUUGAUCCUGGAUUAAUUUAUUGGUUCAGGAUUAAGUCAGUCUGUUACCUAAAAUAAAUUUGGCUGAGCUUGACAAUGGGAAAUCAUGAUUGAUUUUUGUAUCCAAGUUAGUAUGAUUUUGCUCUCCUACAGGUUUGGUCAUUUUUCUCUGUGUAACUUCUUAAACAGCAGGGGUGAAAUCUAAACUAAUGUACAGAAAAGUGAGGGUUAUCAAUACUCAAGUUAGAGAGAGUAAACUUUAUUGUGAAUGGUAAAUGCUUUACCCCACUGUACCUGGUCGCAUCAUCAGAUGUUUUGUUUUCCUUCACAGUCUCUCUCUCAGGCUGCUCCCUCCACCCCCACAUCACUGACUCCCCCAGAUCUGAACUGAUCUCUGAUUGGACCAGCUAUUGUCAGGGUGAUGGGUCACCUGAUGAUUGGAUUAAGUGUUUCCAGUUGUACCAAUAGUUAUCACCUGUGUGUGUGGGUGUGUGUGUCAGUUGACCAGCUGAGGAGCUGCUGAUGUAAAAAUAUGUUUAUGAAUGUCAAAUUAUUUUGACACUUCAAUCAGGUGAUAAAACAGACAGGACUGAUUCAGAGAAGAUGAACUUUUCAACAUCAAAACAAUAAAUUAAAACAGAAAACAAUAGAAAUAGAAAAAAGAAAUGAUGAGACUGUAAACAUGUACUUUUAAUCUGUUUGAUGAGAAAAAUUUGGACUGAUCAGGUUAGGAGGAAACCAAUGGACUCAGCAGCACCUCCCAUCUGAUCGCAUGCUUUUCUGAACAUUGUUAAGUGUGUGUGUGUGUGUGUGUGUGUGUGUGUGUGUGUGUGUGUGUGUGUGUGUGUGUGUGUGUGUGUGUGUGUGCUCGUUUGUGUGUGAGUAUGUCAGAGAUAACAAUAUCAUGUGCACUGUUUUUCACAUUAACUUCACACAGUGGUGUUAAAGGUGUGUCCUUCAUUGUCUUUUGUACUAACUCAGAUAAAGUUUAUUUUAUACAGAAUAAAAUAUUUACAGACACGUUACUGUGCGCGUGUUUGUGGUUGUACUGUUGUUCUUGAAAGUCCUUGAUUAUUUGUUCUGUCAAAACUGUCAAGACAAAAUUAAAAUUAUGUUUUCUUUAAAGGAUUAAAAGGAGUCUUUUAGAAAAUAAAUACUGAUUGAAUGAUGGACUGGACAAAGACAGUUACACUUCAGUUAAUAGAGGUCCUCUCUCUCAAGGGCAGGUUCUGUCCUUAGGUUCUCCCUGAAUCUCAAAAAUCUCUGAAAUGAGCAGAGGUUUCUCAUAAAACAAAAACAUUUUCUGUUUCAAACCAUCAAAUUCACUUUCCCUGUUUUUGCAUGGGGACACAUUUCCACUGUUGUUAGGUUUAUUGUUCUCUAAUCACUUAAAUUCCCACUCCAAUCAUUUUUUUUCUUUUACAACUUAAAGUGUUCUCAGUGGUCUGUAAAUUGUGAUCAUUACUUUUUUUUUUUUUUUUAGCAGAAAUCACGUUACCCGUGUCAUUUCAAAGGACUUUUCUUUUGCAGAGCUCCUGUAGCUCAUUAGCAAAUAGCCUCUGAGUCGUGGUUGGAGACAGAGCUGCUCUUCACAACCUUCUUUAUGCGAGCUUGCAGCCUAAAGGUCCUUACACACUGGGAGUGAUUUUUCAAGGCAAAUCACUUUUUUUUUUAAACCUAUUGAAGUCAAUGCGACCUUACACAAAAUUCCCCAAAAUUCCCGAAGCAAAAAAGCGACUGUUAUUUAUUCGCUCUUGUGUUGAAUUUUGCAGUGGCAAAAAGGCAAAUGGCCAGAUCUCUGACCAAUCAAAAUGAUGGUGUUAUGUCGAUGAUGUCACAUCCAAACUUUUCUGACAGCAUCAGCCCUAGUCUGCAUUCAUUCACCAUGACUGAGCGCUUCAUCAUUAGUGUGCAGGAGCGCCCUGCUUUAUGUGACAAGUCUCUUAAAAUAUUCCAUGACACUCUCCUCAAAGAAAAUGUAUUGGCAGGAAACAGAAGAAGACCUCAACUUGCCUUGAGAGUAGAUUGAUGUUUUGUCAAUCCUCAAACAUAGAUGUUUAAUGUAGCAAGCAUAAUAUGAAGCUAAUCUAGCUAACUAACCAGCUCGGAGCAACUUUUUCAAAGUCCAGUAAACAUUUGUAUAUGGUUUUAUAGAUAUAGAAGCACCAAACUUUAUUCAGUUUAUUCAGUUAGUGGAUUUCAUUCACAUAAUUUCGUUGCGCCUGUUGUGUACAGAAAAAAAAAUCACUGGCGAAACAUUUGCCUUUUCACAUUGCUUAUUCGUGUUGCUCCGCCUAUUGCCCGGUGUGUAAAGACCUUAGCCUUGCUGGUGCAGCAGAAGUGGCAGGUAACAUAGGAGGUAUUCAGCUCUUGGACACUAACAUCUUUGGGGACAUGAUGAACGCUAAUAUAAUUUGCUUCCUUACAAGCUUUGCAAUCUCCUACCACACAUUUGUUCCGUGAUCAUCCUCUCUACUUCUCAGAGUCUGGCCAGUAGAACAGGGCUGCAGGAGUGGUGCUUGGAUUUGCGACAUAGAAAAUCUCACAGUAUCUGAGUCUGCCAUUUGGGUCUGCCAGAGAAUCACAACGGUUUGAAUGCAGAAACACUCAGAAAUGCAGUUUUGCACUUAGUUUUCGCAUAUGUCCACUAGCAUCAGAAAAGUGCCACAUGAACAUGUAGACAACAAGAAAAACAUGAUUUUCAUUGGAGUGGGUCUUUAAGUAACUCUGUUUAUCCUCAUAUAUAAACAGAGGAACAGGGAAAUACUGAUGAUGUUCAAACUGAAGUAUGUAAUAACAAACCUCUCUUGGAUAGGCAAACAUGCCUGAUCAGUGUGCAUUUUGUAGAACCCUGUGUGCAAAGUAGGAUUGUCAGUGUGUGUGUGCAAGAGCAGGAAAACAACAAAAUACAAACACACACACACACACACUCAGAGUUGUGCUUCAUAACUGUGAUCAGACGUCAUGGAAAACAAAGAUUUCCAUCAUAGAUCCAGAUGUUUUCUCUCUGCAGCUGUACAUCAGUGUUUGUUGUAGUGUGUUCAAGCUCAAACAGAGUUAUUACACAAUAACCUAACUACACGCAGCUACAGUGAGUCCAAAACACACAGACACACAACGACACUGAAUGAUUAAUCGGCCAGUAACUUGAGUGCCGAGAUCACAAACAGUCGUGUCUGUGUAAAUCUUUCCUGUCACUGACACUGAGCACUAACAGCAGAAACAUCCACCUCACAUAUCAUAAAUGCUUUUAUUUUGAAGGGGUGUGAAAUGGGAAAUUAACUGCUUCCUUUUUUGUUGAUUAAAAACUGAUAAAACACAAAGAGAAAAGCAUCUUUGCAACAGUCUGGUGUUUAAGUUGCUGACGUGUCUCUCUUUGCUUUGCUUGAAACCUUUAUGAUUGGAGAGUAAUAAAUCUUUUACUGCAUGAAAUGCUAACUUGCACAACAAUGCUUUACUCUGCGGGUGGAAGACUUUAUUAAGCUCUUUGCAUUAACCUCUGGAAAAUGAGCAAGUUAAAUAUAAGAGGCAGCUUACUACAAUGCAAAGCUCUAUUGAUCUGCAGAAGAAAUGCCAAAAUCUGAUCCUAGUCAACAGGUGCAGAGGACAGUUGAGCCAGAGGACCAGGUAUACAUCAAAGAGAGUGGCACAAACAACACAGAGAAGGCCUGAACACUGUGGUCCGGACAACACCUAUUUCAGUGCAAGAUGAGGGCAAUAUGAUGUGGCAUCAUCUACCACUGACUGCCCAGAAAGAAAAAAAAAAAAACAAGGGAAGCAUGACUUUUGAUGAAAGAGACUCCUAAAAUGACUGUGCUGCUAGUCUUGAAAGUAACUGUUUUCCUGGUGUUGCUGCUGAGGGACAAUGUGUCAGGGGAGGCAGAGAGAGAUAGACUGGAGACGAUGAAGACAGGUGAAAGUCAAGCAAGUGCUAGUACAACUAUCAGAAGAAGAAACCUGAGUCGUCAUCAUCAUGGCAGGUGAGUACGAUGCAACCCGAACACAAUCCUCAUCACUCCAGACAGUGCUUGAACCCAUGCCAGCAUCUACAAAUUAUUAUAGAUUCACAGUUAGGGAAAAUGAAUCAAUAAAGUCAAAGAAGAAAGUAACUUUUUAAAGAUAAUUGGAAACAAGGAAAUUUUUGGAAAAAAGAGUCCUACACACUGAGUAGAUCUGAUCUAAUCUGGUCUUAGACCCUCUGAGGGCUUGUAUAGAAGUAUCAGCUGGGUAGUUUAACAAAGGAACGGUGCGUAGAAAUAGGAAUACUUUGCAAAAUCCUGUUAAAACAUUCUGGAUUAAAAUACUCCCUUGCUCACCCCUCAUACUGAUGAAACCACAGUAGACUACAAGGACAGAAAUAUCCGUAAUACAAGAUUUUAACAAGUGCAUUUAAAGUCUUAGUCUAAUGUGAACAGCUAAAUUGAAAGCCUUAGUCUUACGUAAACAAUUGAGUUUAAUCCUUAAUCCACUGAUAACAGUUUUAUUCAUUUUGAGAAACCUGAAUUGAGUUAGCGUCCUCAUUUUUUUAAUAAUAUAUAGUGAUGUCUCAGUCUCCAAAAAACUCUUCUCCUGUUUGUUCUUUUUGUCUUUAAUGAAGCCAGAAAUCGUUCUGGGAGAUUUCGGAGACAUCUGUGAUGUGAUGCACACAGACAGACAGCAGCAGCAUCACUAGCUGCACUAGCAUACAUUUCCAGCCGAAUAUAAAAUAAUUUCCGAAUGGUAAAGUAUAAAUGAUUGAUAAUAUAACCUAGAAAAGGGGUAGUAAACAGAAAACAGUG